AUGGGCUCAACAGGCUCCCCAAUCCCCGACGACGAGUCCCCGGGCGACCUAAACGAGCUCUUCGCCCCCUCCACCCCCGAUGGCCUCCCCGCAGACAUCCUCACGGAGCUACAAUCAAUAAUGCGCGUGCACAGUAUUACCGCGCAGGAACUCUUCUACCGAUGGGAGUCAUAUUGUCUCCGGAUGGGGUCCGAGGAGACGAAAUUGGAUCUCGAGACUGUGAGAGUGUUCAAGCGCGAUGUGCAGGAGAACCUGGAGCGGCAGGCGAGGCAGGGACGGGGUGGGGACAGGGAGAGGGGGGAUAGGAGGGGGGCAAUGGGGACGCCGAGAAAUGUUGCUGCUGGGGCUGGGGCGGGGGAUGUUUUUGGGAUGCUCGAUGGGUUAACGCCUGGGAGGGCUUCUGGUUCAGCGAAGAGAAAGGCGGAGUUUGCGUCGCCGGUGGGUGGGAAGAUCGGUAGAGGGACCAAUGGAGAUUCGCCGAUUGGUGUCAAGGCGACGAAGGUUUCGACGGGUGUUGUUGAGGGGUUACAGUCCGUCCCAUUCUCAGAACGUCAGAACCCCGGCCAGACGACCGAAACGAUCAACGAGCACCUCUCACUGCCCGAAGUUCCCAUGGCGCCCUUCCCAGAGGCGAGGAUACGCCCAGCCGCAAAUACAGACUUGAAGAAGUUCGGAUACAAGCCCAUGGCGAUGCGAUUGUCAGAAGCGUCCGAGAUUCUGGAUGACCGGAUUGACGAGUUUACGGCUAUUUUCGAGAAAAGGUACGAGAAGGAGGAUGUGACGUUCGGGAACGCGGCCACGCAGAGCACUAGUGAGAUUAUCGCUGUUGGACGUAUUGCCUCGGACAGUUUGGAAGGGAAGCUCAACCCGGCGUCGCUCGUGCUUGAGACGUCAAGGCGCACUGGGGCGGGUAGGAGGGUGCCACUAAAUGUGGACUCGAUCCCCACGGUGAACUUUUUCCCUGGACAGAUUGUUGCCCUACUGGGUAUCAACGCCUCAGGGAACUAUUUCUCAGUUAAAGAAGUUCUCCCGCCGCCGCUUCUGCCUCCUGCUGUAUCCUCCAUUCCUACCAUUGAGAGUAUAAACGAGCGCAUAGAGGAAUCAGGAGUUUCAGCACUGAACGUUAUCGUGGCAUCUGGCCCGUACACGGCAGACGACAAUCUCGAUUUUGAGCCAUUGAGGGAAAUCUGCCAAAAAGCAGCAGAAAGCUACGCAGACGCCGUUGUGCUCUUGGGCCCGUUCCUUGAUAUCGAACACCCAUUAAUAGCAUCAGGCGAUUUCGAUCUCCCCGAGACCGACGGUUUCGACCCGGACACAGCUACGCUCACAACCGUCUUCCGACAUUGCAUCUCAGCACCUCUCCAGAAACUCGCCUCAGCAGUCCCAAGCAUCAACAUCGUUCUCGUCCCGUCCGUUCGAGACGCCGUUAGCAAACACGUCUCAUGGCCACAAGAGCAGCUCCCAAAGAAGGAACUCGGGCUGCCCAAGCAAGCCCGCAUGGUGUCCAACCCGGUGACGUUUUCCAUGAACGAGACGGUCAUUGGAAUGUGCUCUCAUGACGUUCUAUGGGAGCUGCGUAAGGAAGAGUCAUGGUUCGGAACGCCCAAGGACGGACUGCUUCCUCGACUGGUGAAGUAUUUGAUUGAGCAGCGACAUUUCAAUCCCAUCUUCCCACCAUCAUCUCGGACUUCGCUGCCGAAGCCUGGGACUGAGGAUGGAUUGGCGACAGGAGCUGCUUUGGAUGUGGGAUACCUCAAGCUCGGUGAAUGGUGGAAUGUGCGGCCGGACAUCUUGAUCGUGCCGAGUCUUCUGCCGCCGUUCGUCAAGGUCGUCGACAGCAUCGUAGUUAUUAACCCGGGCCCAAUCUCCAAGCGACGGGGAGCAGGAACAUACGCACAGCUAGCCAUCCAUCCGCGUGUAAUUGCCGACGAUGAGCGAGACCAGAAGCACAUAAGCCACAAACUAUACGAACGGACGCGGGUGGACAUAAAUCGGGUCUAG